GCUCUAGGGAGUUUGGGUGCCUCAGCGCGCCAUCAAGGAGAAGCUGCGGUGGGGUCAGGGCGCGGAUGCUGGAAGUUCACAUCCCCUCGGUGGGGCCCGAGGCCGAAGAGCCCAGGCAGAGUCCAGAGAAAGGCCACAUGGUGUUCCAAGUGGAGGUGCUGUACAGUGGACGCAGACACACCGUGCCGAGGCGCUACAGCGAGUUCCACGCUCUACACAAGCGGAUCAAGAAACGGUACAAAGUGCCUGACUUUCCCUCAAAACGCCUGCCCAACUGGAGGACCAGAGGAUUGGAACAGCGCCGGCAGGGCUUGGAGACCUACAUCCAGGGUAUCCUAUACCUGAAUCAGGAUGUGCCCAAGGAGCUACUGGAAUUCCUGAGACUUAGACACUUCCCCACAGACUCCAAGGCCAGCAGCUGGAGCACCCUGAGGGAAUUCCUGCCUAGUGACACCAGCUCACAGCUGCACCACAGGCCCGUCAUUGGAUUCUGUGUGGACCCCUACAUUUACAACCCCUCCCCAGUACCUCUCCCGGAAGUGGUGGUGGAUGGUGUACUCCAGGGCCUCUAUGGCUUCAGCACAGCCCAGCCAAAGGCUAAUUGUCAUCCUGCUCCAUUGCCAAUGCCCUGACUAGCCCAGUCUUUGGGUCACUUGUCAGGACAGUUAUAUGCCUCAGUCCUAGGAGUUCCAUAUAAGAAACUGGGUCUUCCCUUGGACUGGCCUCAGGGUGUAACUAGCUGAGGCUCAGUUGUGCCCAACCCCACUCAAGGCUCCGAACUUGGCUUGCAUUGACAGCUGCAGGUGGCAGACCUCAAGACUCUUCCAAGUCAAGAUAAAGAAAGAAGCAUAGUCAUUCCAGACACGGGCUGAGAAGAUUCAGGUGUAUUUCCCAGUCCAGCUUGGCAGGUGGCAGGAGCUACAGUGAGGCUCAGUAGCUGGCUAGCCUGUGCCUGAUGACGAGUGGGUACCACCCAGGCACAGGCUUAGGCAGGAGCCCGAGGAAGGGACAUGCACCUAUCGCCCGUGAGAGUCCUAGACAUGCUGGGAUGUACACUCAGGACAGGUGCUACAGACACAGCCCACACCUAAGUUAUAAAAAAAAGAAAACCCACCUUUUUUAUUGAUCAGAAUUGAUAGUUUGAUAUAAAAACCAGGCCUGUGGAAUGUGAGGGGGUGUGAGUCCACCCCCUCAGAUGGAAGUAUUGGGGCCGAGUGGUACGGGGCCUGUGACUGGCUACCUUCAGCCCUGGAGGGUAGUGAUGGGACCUGCAGUACAGGCGCUUGGAGGGAUGGGGUCCCUGAGACUCUACUCCUUGGCAAUGGCAAAGGGCUUCUCCACUUCGAUCUUGCCACAGUCUGCAAUGAUCACAUCCUUCAGGGGCUUGUCCCGACUGUCUGUCUUGGUGCUCUCCACUUUCCUCACUACAUCCUAGAAAAGAAAGGCAGGAAAGGAGGGAGUGGGCAGGGUGAAGGUCGAGAGACACACAGGACUGGGAGACAGCCCCAAGUGAGUGGCUUAGGAGGGUUGAGACCCUCACGGGAUGAACACAGAAACCUAAAGAACUGCAGGCCAGGGUGAAUGCAGAGCAUGG